AAGCUGUGACCUCCCCUGAAACAAAGGGCACAAGCCCUGCCUGAGUCAGCUGGAGGCUCACAGCACAAUGCUGCUGCGGCAGUGAGGGAGGCCGACAGGAUCACAGCCACCGCUCGCAGGCUCAGAAGUCUCCAGCCACCCGCUUUGUGACGCACAAGGUACCACGGACCAUGGGGAGUUACAGCAGUGUCCAAUUCUGUGGGAUGCCCCAAGGGAAAGGACCCCAUGCCGUGGGCUGUACUGACCUGAUGAGCAACCACACCAUUCAGGGAAGCUUCCUCCGGUUAUUUUACCCAUGCGUGGACGGCGAUGAGUAUGAAGAGGCCACUUGGAUCCCCAGGAGAGAGUACUACCGGGGACUGGCAGACACGUUAAAGCUCAACCGCACUAUAGUGGAUUUCAUCCUCAGUUAUUAUUUCGGUUCCGUCAAGUGUCCGGCAAAGCUGAACGCACCUUUCAAGUCAGGAGAGAAGUAUCCUUUGGUUGUGUUCUCCCACGGCCUUGGAGCUUUCAGGACCUUGUAUUCUACCUUCUGCAUUGGGCUGGCCUCUCAGGGAUUUGUAGUUGCUGCAGUGGAGCACAGAGAUGAAUCUGCGUCUGCCACCUUUUACUUGCGGGAGCACUCCUCCGCUGAUAGCAGUGAGCAAGAUGACUCUCGUGAACCUUUGGAGGAAGUCUGGAUUUACAACAAGGCUCCACCGGCGGGAGAAGACGAGUUUCCUCUCCGAUUUGAGCAGGUCCAGAAACGAACACAUGAAUGUUUACAAGCCUUGGACCUCCUGCUAGACAUCAAUGCUGGAAAACCAGUCAAUAAUGCAUUGUCAUCCAACUUCAACUGGUUGUUAUUAAAGGAUUCUAUUGAUGUUCAAAAAGUAGCAGUGGCGGGACAUUCUUUUGGUGCAGCAACAGCAAUCAAAGCUCUUGGUAGAGACUCACGGUUUAGGUGUGGUGUUGCACUGGAUGCCUGGAUGUACUCUCUGAGAGAGGAGUUAUUUUCCACUGUUCAUCAGCCCGUUAUAUUUGUGAACUCUGAGAAAUUCCAGUGGGUGGAUAACAUUCUACUCAUGAAGAAGAUGUAUUCCACUAGCGUGGAGAGGAAGAUGAUCACCAUCAAGGGCAGCGUCCACCAGAGCUUCCCAGACUUCACCUUUCUGACCGGUUACCUGAUUGGGAAAAUAUUCAAGCUGAAAGGAGAGAUUGAUCCGUACGUGGGGAUGGACAUCAUUAUUAACGUUACAUUAGCCUUCCUACAGCGGCAUCUAGGGCUCCAGAAAGACUUUAACCAGUGGGACCCUCUCAUUGAUGGAAAAGGAGAAUUUGUCAUUCCUGGCACCAACCUUGAUCUACCUCCAGCACAUUCUAAAGCCUCCAAGUGACACUUGCAGAAAUGCCCAAGUACCAGUGUUGUACAGUAACUUACCUGCCAUCAAAGGACACAAGAGUUGCAAGUCUGUACCUCAUACAUGGAUGACACAUUAUAAAAUUGCAGGACAUAAGAGGCGCGACUCUGUUCCUCAUACAUGGAUAGCACAUUAUAUCACAGGACGUGAGUCGUCGGCCUGUACCUUAUACAUGAAGAACGUAUUAUUACAUCACAGGAUGUGAGAGGCGCACUGCCCGGAUAGCACAUGAUGACAUCACAGGUCGUGGGAGGUGCAGACCUCUACCUCAUACAUGGAUGACACAGUAUUUAAUCAUGGGCCUCUACUUCUUACAUGGAGGACACAUCAUUACAUCACAGGUUGUCGGAGGUGCGGACCUCUACCUCAUACAUUGAUGACACAUCAUUACAUCACAGAUGGUGAGAGGUGCAGUGGGACACAUUAUUAGACUACGUUAUUCAUUUUCGAAUAGAUAUAGACUGGAAUAUGUUCUGGAUUUCUUUAGAACUUUUCUACUUUCUGGAUGGUUAUGCACGGUGGUGUUUUACAACUGGAUAGGCGUAGAAGUGUGUGAUCCCCAUAAUUUUCUAUAAGUCACAAUUUUUAUGAUCCUGGCAGCCAGUAUACACUUGACGCAGAUGAAAGUUACCUGCUACUCACUCCAUUAGGUCACUGCUACAAUCAGUAAUACUGCACUGUGUCAUUUAGAGUGUAUAGUAAUCUGCAAUCUACCUUCGGUCUCUGCAAAGGAUCAGGGUGCUGCUCUCUCCCUCCCCCGUGUCUUACGGUGCAGCUCAGCUUUGCAAGACUGGCUGCUGUGUUUGAGCUGGAGCUCAGCAGUGCAUGGAGAGACCAUUUCCAUUACAUCAGGGAUCUGAUGAUUUAAAAAGUACAUAUAAUUAAGAAAAUGAGGCUCCGUGAAGCAGGAGUCUGGAGAUCUGAUUUAUGACCUGACAACGGAGAACUGGCAGAAGCAACAGGAUACUCCAGAAGACAUGGUGCUCUAAAUAAUGGACAUAUCACAGAUUUAUGAAUAAUUGAUAAAAUACACUACUGUCUCCAUGGCUGCACCACUAGCAACUCAUGGCUGAAACCAGAGAUGUCUAUGGUUGUCUUUUACUGAAUGAUUUUGCACUUGGAGCUUUUAAUGGAAUAAUUAACUAUUUUUAUAGAUGAUGUUACACAAUGCAUUCAACACCUGCAGUCUAGCAGGAAGAGGAGUAUUAGGGGCCGUUCACACAAGUGCAGAUUUCAGAACAGAAAGUCUGUGUUUUUCAUGCGGAUUUUACACAGAUCUUGCCCUUCCAUUGAAAAGGGUGAAAUCGGCACUAAAAAUCACCCAAACAAUUGACAUGCUGUGGAUUUCUAAAUUCACACGAAGGAAAAAAAAUAAAAAUCUAAGUGUACCAAAGAUUUGUGUAAUUUCAUACAUUUUGCUGGUACUGUGUUUUUUUUUUUUCCUCGCAGGUACCCAUGGAGUGCACUCACACGCUGCGGCUUUUGUUGCAUAAAUUUCCGCGACUGAAAAUGAGUUAAAGUCCCCUGAUUUGGGCUUGCGGAUCCAUGUGCUCGCCACCCCAUUCAAGUGAAUGGAACUGAUUUUGCGUUGCAGAAAUUUCUCCAACAAAAGCCGCAGCGUGUGAAGGCGCCCCAAAGGUACCUGCACACAAGUACUGAUUUCAAAAUAAAAUAAAAAAAUCUG